UUCUAAGUGCUCUUGUGUAGAGCGAAGAGUUGACAGAUCUCCACGGGGAGAGAUCGUUCUCGGGAGAGACGGAGAACCAUAGCUCGUCAAUGGCGGAUUCGAGCUCGGCAUCGAAACGGUAUACUCCCCCUAACCAGAGGAACCGUUCUUUGAAUCGCCGGAAACCGGGAGAAUUGGACCGAACAAGCAGCUCCCAAGGGAAUGAGAGUGAGAAGAGCCAAGUCCCGGCCUCGAAGAACGUCCCUGUGGUGUCGAACUCUGCUACGAGGAUUAUACCUCUAGAGGGGUGUUACAGGAGUGAAGCUUAUCAGCUCCUGAGUGAGCGCUGGGCAGCUGCAAUGCAUCUCUACAACGAUCCUACUGUGGAUUUAUCUGAGAGACCGAUCAUGUACUACGGUGGAGAUGUUUGGGGAAGACUGCCUCAUAAGAUAAUGGCUUCGGCAAACAAAGCGGGACCUCCGCCCCAAGACUACAGGAGCGAACUCAGCCGUGGAUUGCUGACUCCAAGGCCGACAAGUUUUAAUCAUUGACCA